AUGUCUUCGUCACUUGGACGUUCGGCGGAGGCUUCUCACUUUGGUUUUCUGCAUUCUCCUGUAGUCGGUCCGUCGACAACUGUUAUCAACAGUGUAAGUGGUGUUAUCCGUUUUUUUUCAGCUGUACAUUCAAAGUUUCGUGAAAUAAGGUGGUAUGAAGAGUACCUUGAGUUCCUCGAUACGUACGAUCAUCAUGGGGCUUGCAAUUCACCAUGUCUUUCUCCGAGGAACUUCCAAAAAGAGUUAAUUACUCUUCAUUUGCCAUUUGGAGUUCAUUCGACGUUAGAAGUGAAGCCGGGAGUUUCUGCUAUGAACGCAAUCAAAAAGAUUUUGAAGAAACGGGACAUUUUACCCCAAAUGUGUAAAGUAGUUUCCAGUCAGGAUCCGGAGAGCAAGCCUAUAGAUUUAAAUGUUGAUUUAGAAGCAUUAUCUAAUAGUUUGGGAGAGAGGAAAGAGCUUUGGGUUCACAGUCCAUACCUCUCUUUCGUUGUGUCGGUCCAACACAACUUUGUCCGUAAAACUUUCCUAAGGCUUGCGUUUUGCGAUGUAUGUAGGAAACAAAUAUGGUUACAGGGUUUUCGUUGUGAAUUAUGUCAAUUUAAAUUCCACCAAAAGUGUUCUUUAAAAGUUCCGAAUUACUGUGAUAGAAUGCAACAAAUAUCAAACGAUCCUGAGAUGGCUAAUAAACUGAAAGCGUACGUGGAUCAGUAUGGUGGGCCAAACGCAGCAGUUGUUGCUGAGAUUAUUACGCAGUUUCAGAGUCCUAAUGCAGAGGUACCUGCUGGAGGGGAAAUUACUCGGCAACGAGCUAUUCGUUUACCUCCCCAAAGGACAGAUACAGCUUGCGUUCCUAUGACAGAAUCUUCUAGGGAUCGUUCCACUUCUGCACCGAAUAUAUAUGAAAUUUCUAAGAAUUCCGAUGCAUUCCUCGAAGCUAAAGUCUUGAAUGCUCUUUCAAAUCGUACGGGUUAUACGAUCACUUCGUCAGCCUCUGCGGUACCUUUAUCAGAUUUUGCCUGCUCAACUUCUGUCCCGAGUCGGACAUAUGGUAAUCGUACUUUGAAGAAACCUUUGGGUUUACCCAAUCGUGAUUGGCAUGUUGGGGGUUUACGCCAGUCAGGUCGCCUUUAUCCGACAACAGCUACUAACAUGAGCUCUCCAACUUCAACAAGUUCUUCUCCACCACCAAUUCCGGGAACACUGGGUGAUCCUGGAUUGGGUUUGCCACCUACGCCACCGCAGUCUGCUCCGCCUCAAAAAACUUUCUCAUUCUCUCGUUUUCGAAGUCCUAAUGACAAAAUGGUGCUGAAGAGCAUUACUUCAAGGGCUUCCAAAUCGUCUGACCGUCUUAUGGAGGAGAUUCUUGUAUGUCUUGAAAGAAGUGUGACAAGCCUUCCAAAGUUCAAACGCUCAGUGUCAGAACCUCAACUAUAUCGCAAUAAAAUGUUGCAGAUGGAAAAAAAAAGUGAUAACACACCUCAACCUCAGUCACCGUCGACGCCAAAUGAAAAUUAUGCCACAAGAUUUAAAUUCUCUCCUGCAGGAGGGUCAGACUACUGA